AAAUUCAGAAGUGAGAAAAUGGAACCACGAAAUAGAAAACAACAAAUGGGUUUUUUAUCUCAAUUUCAAACAUGUUUUUGGACCAUCAUCUUGUUCCUUUUUAUGGUUCUAAAUUGUCAUGUAAAUGAAGCAGCUUUGGUAUUGCCUAAGAAUGUAACUGUAACUGCAGUUUUUGUGUUUGGUGAUUCAAUUGUUGAUCCAGGUAACAACAACAAUCUCCCAACUAUAGCUAAAGGCAACUUCUUACCUUACGGUCGAGAUUUCAAGGACGGACCGACUGGACGGUUCUCGAAUGGCAAGCUGAAGAAUUUGGUGUUAAGGAAUCGGUACCUGCUUAUCUUGAUCCAAAAACACAGCUACAAGAUCUCCUUACUGGUGUUAGUUUUGCCUCUGGUGCUGCAGGAUAUGAUCCUCUCACUGCAAAAACCGCGAAUGUAAUACCGAUGUCGGGUCAGUUAGAGCUGUUCAAGGAAUGUAUAAAGAAGAUAAAAGGAGCAGUGGGUGAAGAGAGAGCUGCAACUAUAAUUUCAAAAGCUAUAUAUAUAGACUUAUAUGGAUUAGGAG